AUGCUGUGUCCCCCAGGUCUGAGAAACAUCCUUCCCAUCACGACAGCUAAGGUCCCCAUCGUCAAGUUCUACCACGUCAGAACGGGCCUGGAGGGAGACAUAUCCCUCUACAACACGCUGGCUUUGCACAACACACGGCUGUUGGCGUCCUACGCCGACAUCGACCCGCGGGUCAAGACGCUGUGCUACGUCAUGAAGGUCUUGGCUAAGUUGUGUGAUAUCGGUGAUGCGUCUCGAGGCAGUCUGUCGUCCUAUGGCUUCACCUGAUGGAACCCACCUGUUAUACCUGUACUACAGGAGGUAAGACAGAGGAACCCACCUGUUAUACCUGUACUACAGGAGAUUUAUGACGGGGAGGAGAAGCCGGAGGUACUAGUGGAUGGAUGGAACGUCUACUUCUGCGAUGAUCUGGAAAACCUACCUGAGCGCUGGCAGCAGAGGAACGUGGAGUGUGUAGGUGCUCUGUGGCUGGGCCUGCUGCAGUUCUACACCGAGACCUUUGACUUCAGAGAACAUGUCAUCUCCAUCAGACAGAGCGCAGCUCUCACCACCUUCAACAAGCAGUGGACCUCUAAGUACAUCGUCAUCGAGGAUCCUUUUGACCUGAACCAUAACCUGGGAGCUGGCCUGUCCAGGAGAAUGACCAACUUCAUCAUGAAGGCGUUCAUUAAUGGUCGAAGAGUGUUUGGAACGCCAGUCAAGGCCUACCCUCCUGAGUACACUAGUCAGAUGGAGUUCUUCUUUGACCCCGAGGUGCUGACAGAGGGACAGCUGGCUCCUAACGACCGCUGCUGCAGGAUAUGUGGCAAGAUCGGACACUUCAUGAAAGACUGUCCCUUGCGCAGGAAGUCUAGGCAGCGUCGUGAGCAGGAGGACCGAGCGGAGGGAAGGAGGGACUGGGCGGAGUCUGAGGGGGGCAGGGAGCGUCGUCAGGGCGACCGCUGGAGGCGACAGGAAGAGAAACGAUGCUGCUUCCUGUGUGGGAGCAACGCCCACAUCAAGAAGGACUGCCCCCAGUACAGAGGACCGGCAGGUGCCAAAGCAGAGAACUCCUCCUCUCCCUCUAUGAGCCACAUGAGGAAUUUUAGAGAGAGAGACGGGGCCCCUCUCAACAGGAGGAGAAGAAAAGGAAGCAACAACAAAAUGUGAUAUCGAGUCCACAAGCAGGCGGUCUAGCCAGCAGGCACAUGGGGUCGGUCUGAUCCCAGGAGGAGCCCAGUGGACUGAAGACCAGAGAGAGAGAAGAGAUACGGAGGAAGAGAAGGAAUGAGAGAGGGAGGCAGCUCUAGCCCCAAACCUCUGGGUUCUACUCUACUCCUUCUGAGGUCUGGACAAAACUUCCAGUCCACCAGCCUGAACCUAGAACACCCGAAAACUAGAACUUGGAACACAGAUCCUGGAACCUAGACUCCCAUGGGAAAUGGGCAGGGUCUGAGCCCCAGACAGAACAUGUCUCCCAAAUGGCACCCUAUUCCCUAUAUAGUGCACUACAUUUGACCAGGACCCAUAGGACUCUAAAGUAGUGCACUACAUUUGACCAGGACCCAUAGGACUCUAAAGUAGUGCACUACAAGGGGAAUAGGAUACCAUUUGGGCUGUAGAUAAACAGAGAGAGAGGGUAUUAUGUUUUAACCACCACUCCUACUGUUUGAGAAGCUUUUUAAAGUGUUGUAUUGUUUUAACUGAAAAUACAUUUUGCUUCUCCUGUUAUUUUACCCCCCCAACACCGGGGUGGUUUUAUUUUGUUUUUAUAAUACUGAUUAUUUGUUAAAUUUGUCUUGUGCACUGACGUCCUCCCAAACACCCCUCUCCUCCAUUUUGGACAGUAGUUCAAGCCGGGCUGUGUGUGUGUCUCUGUACACUCGUGCGUGCAUGCGCCGAGGGUUAAAUCUGGAUUUUAGAAUUGUCCCUGAAACAAAUUGGGACUAUUGAUAAUAAUGGAGAGCUUGUAUUAAACUGCCCUUAAAUGCCAGAACAUCCAACGAUGGUAGCUAGCUAGAUCCUUCCUGCCCCCUCUUAACAGUGUUUUGUAGUGCUGUCAUUGCAGUGACCUGGGCAGAGUCAUAUACGGAAUAUGUGGCUCUGUAUCUGGGUUACCUGGGGUUACCUGGGUUACCUGUACCUAAAUGGACCACUAGCUCCCUUGUGUGUAGAUCUGAGAGGAUUGGACAGGUGUAGUUAUAUGGCAAAACAUUAAAUUCCACUUUGUCCAUUAGAGGGCAAGGUGGAGGUAGUUACCACCAUAUUGCUUAUGCGUACCAAAUGUAUUAUCCUUAUCGAUCUACACUCUCGAACACUGGAUAUGGGAUCGGGCUGAGGGUUGAUUUGGGGUUCUGCGUACAUCGGUGAGGGAUUUGGGGUUGAGGGGAAAACGGGGAAAUAUGCUUUUGUUUGUAUGAUGCGUUUCAUGGCCAGUGCCUUGGCUUGGUGGGACUGAUGGCUGUAAUGUGAAGCUCUGCCCCGGGCUAAUGUCCGUUGCUACUAUUCUGAGAAACGCACAUCAAAUAAACUUUCUUUACAAAAAAA